UGCAUGUGUGUGUGUGUGUGUAUUUUUUUUAACAAUUGUAAAUCGAUAAGUAUUUAGGCUAUUUUAAGUAUGAUAAUAAAAGCGAACAUGACUUCUUUCCCUUGUUUUUUUUUUUUUUAUUUUACAAACCAUAUUUCUAAAAGAAAAUAAUUUUCUAUUGUUAAAAAAAAAAAAAAACUCCAUUAAAGUAAUGUAUCAAUCAAAUGUAUCUUCAUCAAUCAACUAUAAAGUCUUGAUUUAUAAAUUCAACAGGGCUAUAGAUAAGAUUCAAUGAAUAUGCCAUUUUUUAUUCUCAAUUUAGUACCAAAGAAUUGUCAUUCGUGUUGUGAAAAUUUUUAAUUGUCAAAAAAAAAGAAUGAAUUUACGAUCUAUAUUUUUUUGUCGACAAAAUAAAAUUUCAAAAAAUGCUGAUAAAACGAACAGAAAGAAUGGAAAUCAAUUGUUUCAAAUACUUGUCACUAUCAAUGUUUGUUUAUUGUCAAUUGGAUUUGGUGCAGCAGAUUCGUGGCCCUCACCAGCAUUACCAUAUUUAGAAAGUGAAAAUUCACAAAUUCAUGUUAUAAUGAAUCAAGGCUCUUGGAUAGUGUCGAUAUUUAAUUUUGGCGGUGUUUUUGGUUUUUUAUUAUGUCCAAUAUUGGUCGAUCGAUUGGGACGUAAAAGAACAUUAUUAUUUUUUGCCAUACCACAAAUAAUCUCAUGGAUAUUAAUUAUUCUCGCUAAACACGUAUACAUAUUGUAUAUUGCAAGAUUUAUCUGUGGAAUUGGAUGUUGGGCGAGUUUUAAUAUAACAACAAUUUAUUUAGGUGAAUUGUCAAAUAAAAAUAUUCGUGGUACAUUAAUAAAUAUUUCAUCGGCUUCAUUUAAUUUUGGUACUGUUAUUUGUGUAACGUGCGGUGCAUUUCUUCAUUACGAUACAAUGAAUAUAAUUUUAUUAAUUAUACCAACAUUAUUUUUAUUAACAUAUAAAUUUUUACCUGAAUCACCAUAUUUUUAUAUUAGACAAAAAGAAUAUAAAAAAGCUGCCACAUGCCUUAUUAAAUUACAUGGGACAAAUAAUUUAAAAUAUUUAGAGGAGGAAAUUAAGAGAAUUAAUGAAAUGAUUAUUGCCGUUGAUAAUUGUAAAAAACAUAUAUUUCAUGAUUUAUAUAAAAAACAUCGAAAAGGAUUUAUAAUUGUAUUAGUAUUAAAAUUAGCAUACGCAUUAUCGGGAUCGGCACCAAUUGCAUCGUAUACACAAGAAAUUUUAAGUUAUUCCAAUUUUUCAUUAUCACCAGAAUAUUCGUCAAUUGUAUUAAUGUUUGUAAUAUUUCUUUUUUCAAUUUUAAUAUCACCAUUUUCUGAUUUAAUUGGUCGACGAUUAUUGACAAUUUGUUGUGGUAUUAUGUGUGCAUUAAGUUUAGCUAUACUUGGUUUAUUUUUUUUUGUGAAAUUUUAUCUUAAAAUUGAUGUUUCAUCAUAUACUUGGAUUCCAUUAUUUGAUUUAAUUAUAUUUAAUUUAUCCGGUUGUUUAGGAAUUUUUGUUAUGCCAACGUUACUUGCGUCUGAAGUAUUUCCAAUGGAAGUAAAAAGUAUUGCAUUAUGUAUUGUGGAUAUUUUUAAAACAUUUUCCAUGUUUUUAGUAAAAUUGUCAUUUAAAAAUUUUGCCAAUAAUUUUGGUUUUUACAGUGUAUUUUGGUCAUUUUCAUUAGCGACAAUCAUAUUAAAUUUAAUUGCUUUUUUUAUUAUGCCUGAAACAAAGGGGAAAACUUUAGAACAAGUGCAAUUACUACUUUCUUGAUUUGACAAUUAUUUUUUCUAAAUUAUUUUAUUUAAAAAAAAAAAUGAUUAAAAAUAUUUAAAUUUUUUUUUCAAAAACGAAUUUUUAAUUUUAUUUUUAUAUUUUAGUUUUUACUGUAAUUUAUAAAAAUAUUAUUAUAUUAGAACCUAUAAUCUAAAGAUUCAUAAAUUAAUCCAUAUAAAAUAUUAUCAUUUUACAUUAUUGAUAAGAUUAGAUAAAUAAUAAUUGAUGUACAUAUAUAAUCGUCAAUAGAAUUUAACAGUAAUUUCUGAAAAAUCGAAAGUUUGACCAUUACCUAAAACAGUGUACAAAUUUAAGUCGAUGAAGUAAAAAAAAAGCAACAAAAUACAUAAAAAUUGAAAAAAAAAAAUUAUAACUGAAACUAAAAUUUUAAGUAAAAUUGAAAAUAAAAUCUAAGAAAAUUAGUAAAAUUAAAAAAAAUAUUAAUAAUGAAAUAUUGAUAUUUACAUUUAUAUUCGUGAUAAGAAAAACUUAACAAUAUUUAGAAAAAUAGAGCAAAUUUCUUUUCUGAUUUUAAAA